UAUACAUACUGGUAUAUUAGUGGGCUGAAUGUCCAGUCCGUCUGCACAGUCGGAGAGAGUUAGCUGACACGACCGACUUCGUCAACAACAAAACAUACCCGCUCAACCUAGCGACAGACCUAGCAACCAUGGGUGCGGCGUGUUGUGGGUUCGAGGUACAGGACAGGCACUCGGCGCUUGUGAAAGUAAAGACUGGGAACUACCAAGGUGCUGGAGCGAUCGCAAACAUCUACAUCGCUCUGAUUGACAGCGAAGGAAAGAGAUCACGUGAUAUCCAUCUAGAUCUAAACCUGCUGUUAAGGGGCAGUGACAUGGAAUUCACUGAGGAUCACAUUGACGUCAGGCCCCCCAUCCAAGAACUGGAGGUGUGGCGUACUGAGGUCGCCCGAUGCGACGACUGGUAUUGUCAGUCCGUCUCUGUCAAGCUACGGCCGGAAGAAAACGGCCCAACGUUUGAGUUUCCUGUCGACCGAUGGAUUAAGGCAGGUGAAAGAGUCUGGGUGCCCCUUGGCGGUGCAAUACUUCCACAGUACGACAGUCACCCAGACAUUCGCGAGAGGGAGCUGCUGCAGAUGAGGCAACGUUACGCCUCAUUCAAUCCACAUCCGGAUAAGGGCUUACUGCCAAUGUUGAGACUACUACCGCCGGAGGACGAGUUUUCAUCCCGACAGAAGGAUGACCUGGUUUCGACUGCACUCACACUCGGCAUCAAAGAUCUCGGACUCAUCAUCGAGGACGGACGGUGGAAAGCAUUCGAGGACAUCAACGAGGCCUUCCCAGAGGGCAAAAUCCCGAAAGGAAAAGCCAACUGGAAAACCGAUGAGCACUUUGGCGCUCAGCGUCUCACUGGAGUCAACCCGACAUCGAUUCGUUUGUGUACGAAGAUACCGAAGGCUUUUGGCGUGACGUCGAAGAUGGUCAAACCUUUCCUGCAAGGCCUGAGUCUGGAUGGAGCGAUUAAGAAGAGGCGUCUGUACAUUGUGGACCACACCGACAUGAAGAUAGCAUCAUUUGCAAUCAACAGACCUGUAAGUCCAAUGUGUGCUCCCUAUGCACUGUUCUUUGUCCGUGACAGCGGUGACCUGGUUCCCGUGGCCAUCCAGCUGUAUCCUAACGAACAAGAGCAGAACCCGGUAUUCCUGCCGGAUGACCCACCCUACACUUGGCUGAUGGCGAAGAUGUGGUUCAACUGUGCAGACGGGAAUUACCACGAGGCCGUGGUCCAUCUGGGAUUUACCCAUCUGCUGGUUGAGGCUCUCGCACUGACGGCCUUCCAGAACCUCGCGCCGGCCCACCCGAUUCUCCGUCUGAUGCAACCGCACUUCAUCUACCUGUUUGCCAUCAAUGAGCUUGCUCUGAAGUCACUGUAUGUGUUUCGUGAAACUCUAGUUUUCAUUAAAUUAAUGAUUCGCUGCUACAGACUGAAGACCUGGCGGCUUGAUGUGGAUGGAACACUUCCUGCAGAUUUGAAAAAUCGAGGGGUGGACGACGUGAAAACGCUGCCCAAGUACUAUUACCGUGACGACGCUCUGCAGUUGUACCACAUUAUCAAGAACUACGUCACCAGCGUCGUGAAGAUUUUCUACGACGAUGGGAACAAUUCUGCCAAGCUGAAGAAAGACAAUGAGAUACAGGCCUGGGCAAGGGCUCUCGUUUCUACAUCCGAUGGAAAAAUUGCUGUCAAGGGAAUUCCUGGAAAUGGACAAUUCUCUAACCUUGAUCAGCUGAUCCAAACCGUCACCUCCGUCAUCUUCACCAGCAGCGUGCAGCACGCAGCCGUCAACUUCAUGCAGUGGGACCAGUACGGCUUCGUGCCCAACAUGCCGCUCAUGUUAGAAGGAAACCCGCCCAGGAAUAAGGAUGUCCUGACAGAACAGGAUAUCCUGAAUGCCCUUCCCGGAAAGAGCAAAACUGCUGAGAUCAACCUUCUGACGGACGUCCUCAGUGAGCGAGCAACAAGGCCUUUGGGAAACUUCCUUGUUCCAUACCUAGAAGGUCCCCAAGUGCUGCAGUUCGUGCAAAGGUUCAAUCAGGAUUUAGAUGCUCUCGCAAACAACAUUGCACGUGACAACUCAGCACAGCGUUUCCAGCCUUAUGACUACCUGGAUCCAAAGCUUGUUCCAAACGCCAUCAGCAUCUAGGAAAUCCGAUCCCAGAAAUAUCAAAGAAUCUUUAAACUAUCAAUAUUCACACCCGUACAUAACCAGAAAAGCAUGUCAAGAAUCUGGCAGCCAACCAAAAAAGCACGACAUUGCUACAUUAUUCUGUAGGUGUGACAUACUAGUACAAAGAAUAGCAACAGCUGUUGUUGACAAAGCUACAAAACAUAGUUUGACAAUCUCCCUAUCUUGUUUAAUUUACCAAACAAGAUAGAAAGCAAACCUACCAUUUCUACUAUUUUUUUAAAUUUCUUAUGAUGAUGAGUAAAUAUAUAUAUAAUACUCUAUUAGGGUGAUGAAUAUUACAAGUUGGCAAUGGUCACCACUUUUUGAUAUGUUUUCAGUAAGAACGUAGUGAUGGAUAUUUCGAUCAAGAUCAUGUUAGGCAUUUACUCUGACAUCAUCGGUGAAGUGUAUCUUUUAUUUCUCAUUUAUAAUUGUAAGAACUGGCUGGAGGUGGGGUGGAUGGCCGUCUCACCUAGAAAUCAAUAAUACAAUUUAGAUAGCACUUUUCUUCUUUACAGUAUAAUUACACCUGUCCUUUCUUGUUAUACUUUUCGGGUCAGUUUCUAUUUACCGACGUUAAUCGUGGUCAGAGUGUUCUUAUUUACAUCUUACCUCUUAUUCUGACAAGUUGUUUGACCAGGGAAAUAAAAUUAUAUUAUCAUAUCUUAAGAUUUUCAAACUGGCAAAUGUAAUCUCUAUCAUUCAGCUUUUUCUCUGAUGGCCUGAUAUCAAGUCUACCGUUCUACUGCACUCGGUGCGUAAUGUUUCCAGCCUCCGUGUAACGAACUGAGUGCAGUAUAGACUGAGUGCAAUAGACUCAUAGAGCCUGCAAAAAAGGACUUUAUAGGCUAGGUCACUAUAAUUUAAGUUCUCGCUAUUGUUGAGAGAUUCAUAUUAUGCAAAAAGAUGAUUGUUAUACUGAUUUAUUCCAAAAGUGUUAGUAGAGGGACUGACAUCGUGGUGCUCAGCGCCCAGGGCAGGAACAGGAGAGAUGGAACUUGAGUCUUACAUUAUAGUAUUGGCCUCGCUAAGUGAAUAGUCAAAGUACUUGGGCUAUAUAAUAAAUUGCUGGUACAUGAUAGAAACAUAGGUGACAAACAAUAUAAACAAGUGGUUUGAUGGGUGCUAUCAUGGAUUUCUUACUGGUAAUACAACAAGGUUCUUGGUUCGGAAGCAUUAGUCUG